AUUACUGAAGCUACAAAUAGACGCAGACUGUUGGUGUAAACAAAUGCUUUGGAUCUGUAAGUAGGAGCUGCUUUCUGCUCUCACGGGAUACUGGAGAAGUGGUUUUGAGAAAGACAGAUAAGUCAUCUCAUUGAAACAACAUGAGCAACAUGUCAAUGUCUGUGGAUCCUGUUCCAUCUAAUGCAAAGUGCCAAGUUGACUUUCAGUUUGAAAAGAAUAACAAGGAACACAGGACUGAUAAGAUCAGCACCAAGCGGCUGAUAGUUAGGAGGGGCCAGAGCUUCAGCAUUAAGGUGAACUUCACGGAUGGAUUCAAUCCAAACGACAACAAGCUUAAAAUGAUCUUUGAGACAGGUCCAGACCCUAAGAAAUUAAAUGGAACUAAAGUAGAGGUUCCAUUCACAAAGUCAAUAAAUCUAAAACGAUGGAGUGGAAUCAUUACCUCCUCCACCAGCAAUAAAUUGUGCAUAGCCAUAUCGCCAUCACCAAGAGCCAAGAUUGGUUACCACAGAUUAAUUCUGGAGCAUGCUUAUAAGUCGGAUGUGCAGUACCAUCUUGGAAAUUUCGUUGUGCUUUUCAAUCCAUGGUGUUCAGAGGACGAGGUUUUUCUGAACAGUGAUCUUCAGCGGGAUGAAUAUGUGAUGAAUGAAACUGGAAUUAUUUACGUUGGUAGCAGUGAUUACAUACAUGAUGUUCCCUGGAACUUUGGACAGUUUGAAGAAGAUAUUUUGGACAUCUGCCUUAAGUUAUUGGACAAAACACCCAAAUAUCUGAAAAAUCCAAAUAAGGCACUUAGGAGAAGAGGUUUUCCUGUUUACAUCGCUAGAAUUGUGUCUGCCAUGGUGAAUUGCAAUGAUGAUACGGGAAUACUUUAUGGCAGUUGGAGUCCCCCAUAUUCUGAUGGAGUAUACCCAGGGAAAUGGAACGGAAGUGUUGCAAUCCUUCGUAAAUGGCACAACAGUGACUGCCAAGCAGUUCGCUAUGGGCAGUGCUGGGUGUUUGCAGCAGUCACCUGCACAGUUUUAAGAUGUUUAGGAAUUCCUACUCGUGUGGUCACCAACUUUGAUUCUGCUCAUGAUACUGAUGCAAACUUAACCAUUGAUGAGUAUUACAAUGUAGAAGCGGAAAACCUGGGAGAAUCAGCUGAUAGCAUUUGGAACUUCCACGUGUGGGUUGAAAGUUGGAUGGCACGAAAUGACCUAAGUCCAGGCUAUGAUGGAUGGCAGGCUGUGGAUGCAACACCACAGGAGGAAAGUGAUGGAAUUUACUGCUGUGGACCAGCUUCAGUAAAUGCAAUCAAGGAAGGGGAGAUGGAUAUGCAAUAUGACAUCCCAUUUGUUUUUGCUGAGGUAAACGCACAUUGUGUGGAUUGGCUGGUUUUUAAUAGUGGAGAAAAAAUGAAAAUGAAAGUUAAUGAAUCACGUGUUGGCCACAAGAUAAGCACAAAGCGCUGUGGUUCAGAAGAACGUGAGGACAUUACAAGCAAUUACAAAUAUCCUGAUGGCUCUGUUCAAGAAGCAGAUGUUUUUGAAAAGGCUAACAGAAUGCAAAAUAUUCCAACACCAGAAAAGACAUUAAGCUUGUCUAUCGUCACUGAGCUGCCUAUUUACAAUGGAAAACCAAUUGCAGUCUCUAUGGUCGUUUCCAACAAUACUUCAGAGCAAAAGGUCUAUAACCUCAGAUUUUGGGCUAAGAAAAGAAAGUACAAUGCAGUAACAGAGAACCAAUGCAUCAAGAAGCAUGAACAAGAGAUCACUAUCGCUCCCAACACAGAAAAGAAAAUACCUUUGAAAGUGGAUUACAAGGAGUAUGGCUUGUUCCCUGACAUGUACAACCUAAUGAAGCUGAUAUCUGUUGUAACUGAUGUUUCAUCAAAAAGCAGCGCAUUUGCAAUGAAAGACGUUUCACUGAUCAACCCUCCCCUAAUAAUUAAGAUGCUGAAUUUCUCUGCUGUGGUGAAUAAGAAAGUUCACAUAGAGAUCAGCUUUCAGAACUCCUUUCCUGAAACUCUGAAGAAUUGUGUCAUGACUCUUGAGGGAGCAGGUCUGAUUGAAGGAGAAAAGGAAAUAAAGUUUCCAAAUAUAGCACCUAAUGAAGAAGCAAAAGUGAAGUGUGACUUUGUUCCUUACAAGUCGGGGAUGAAGAAACUACUGGUGGAUUUUGACUGCGACAAACUACGAGAUUUAAAAGGAUCCAUGAACAUCAUAGUCCAAGAAAAAUAAAGAAAAGGAGAACCAUUGAAAACAGCUUAAAAUUUUGUUUGUUUUCUGAAUCUGUGGAAUAGUUAUUCAGAGAUGCAUUAACUGUUUACAUUGCCAAGUAGUCAUUAGAUAUUGCAAUCACUUUCCAUGUUUAAGUGCACUUUUUCUUUUAGUUACAAAUUAUAGUCCACUAUAACAUUGUUCUGUUUUAGUGUGUCAUAAUUGAGGUUUAUAAGAUUAUUAUAUUUUUGGACUGUAACUUUAAAUUUAGGGUAAAUAAAGUGUGUCAUGUGA